AUGGGCUUGUUUGGCAGCAAAAAUCAUCUGGUGUCCAAUGAGAAACACACUUCUGGAGGCAACACAAAAACCAAGGGAAAACCUCCUCCUGCCCCACCCAAGGGGAGACAAGUUAUCAACAACCCUCAUCUAAAACAAGCCUCUGCACAAGAUCACUUGUUCGUGGUUGCACUGUACGAUUUUCCUGCCUCAAGUGACCGUGACCUGGAGCUGGUCAAGGGAGAGAAACUCCAGGUCCUUUCCAACGAGGGGGAAUGGUGGCUGGCAAAGUCCCUCAGCACUGGGAGGAAAGGAUACAUCCCCAGCAACUUCGUGGCACAAGUGGACAGUUUGGAAGAGGAAAAGUGGUAUUUUAGAACUCUGAGCAGAAAAGAUGCUGAACGGCUGCUGUUGUCUUCUGGGAACAAAGUUGGCUCUUUCCUUGUCAGGGAGAGUGAAACCACCAAAGAUGCCUAUUCCCUGUCUGUGAGAGACAGCAACUCUGCUCAUGGGGAUGUCAUCAAACACUACAGGAUCCGCUCCCUGGAUGGUGGGGGGUACUACAUCUCCCCCAGGAUGACUUUCUCCAGCCUGCCAGAGCUCAUCCAUCAUUACAGCCAGAAAGGGGAUGGGCUGUGCCAGCGUCUCACAGCUCCCUGCACAUCCCUGGUGCCCCAGAGACCCUGGGCCCAGGACGAGUGGGAGAUCCCUCGGGAGGCCCUGAAGCUUGUGAAGAAGCUGGGCAGUGGGCAGUUUGGGGAAGUGUGGAUGGGCUACUACAAGAACAACGUCAAAGUGGCUGUGAAGACCAUGAAGGAGGGCAGCAUGGAUCCUGAUGCCUUCCUGGCAGAGGCAAACCUGAUGAAGAAGCUGCAGCACAACAAACUGGUCCGGUUGUACGCCGUGGUCACCAAGCAGCCCAUCUACAUUGUGACAGAGUACAUGGCCAAUGGGUGUUUGCUGGAUUUCCUGAAGACAGAAGAAGGAAGCCAACUCAAUCUCCCCAAACUCAUUGAUAUCUCUGCUCAGGUGGCAGAGGGCAUGGCCUACAUCGAGCGCAUGAACUUCAUCCACCGGGACCUGAGGGCUGCCAACAUCCUCGUCUCAGAGACACUCUGCUGCAAAAUCGCUGAUUUUGGCCUGGCCAGGCUCAUCGAGAACGAGUACCUGGCUCAGGAAGGUGCCAAAUUCCCCAUCAAAUGGACAGCUCCAGAGGCCAUUAACUAUGGGGUUUUCACCAUCAAAUCUGAUGUGUGGUCAUUUGGGAUCCUCCUGACAGAGAUCAUCACCUAUGGCCGGAUUCCUUAUCCAGGGAUGACCAACCCCGAGGUGAUUCGCAACCUGGAGCGGGGCUACCGCAUGCCCUGCCCGGAGCUGUGUCCCGGGGAGCUCUACAGCAUCAUCCUCAAGUGCUGGCGCAGCAUCCCCGAGGAGCGCCCCACCUUCGAGUACCUGCAGUCCGUGCUCGAGGACUUCUACACCUCCACGGAGAAGCAGUACGAGCCCGAGCCGCAGCAGUGA